AUGUAACAUACAGAGUCUGAUAUGGCAACAGUUUCCAUCUUGUGUAUGUAUCUUUGCUUAAUGAAGAACACUCUGUCAAGAGUUAAUAAGUGUUAAAAUAAUUUGCUUCACUAUUAAUAUUUCAGUCAGCAUUUUUUUUGUAAGUUUAGUAUCCAGAAUUUUAUUGUAAAUAUUAAUUGAGAAAAUAUCUAUUUGUGUUCUUGAAAUAAAAGUUUUGCAACUAAUCAUGGUACAAUAGGAACGGAUACAGCAAGAACUGGAUACUCUGAAAGCAGAGAUGGAGAGCCUCUUUCAGGAUGACCUUGUUCGAUCAGUGUCACCAAGUGGAGGAGAGUUUGUACGGAGUACCUCCCACUCAAGCUUUGACUCCAGGUCCUUGCCCCGGAGGACACCCUCAGCACCUGCCACUCAGAAGAGGACGACUGCCAUGGAGGAGGAUAAUAAUCAGAGUGAACGAGGGUGGGAACUGAGUGCUGGUGGUCCUCACCUGCAACAGUCAUUCAGUGAGGAAGGUGGAGAACUCUCUGAUGGUGAAGGUGAAGAUGCUGAGUCAUUAUUCUCACACAUGGAUAUUCUCUCUCCGUCACAUCACACCGAUGCUCAGACUCUGGCACUUAUGUUACAGGAGCAGCUCGAUGCUAUUAAUAAUGAAAUAAGCGACCUUAUGGGGGGGACAAGAGGUUCUGUGGGAGGGACAGAGGCUUAUUGGGGAAUGAUCUCUCCCCAUCCCCCCCCAUCGUGGGAAACCCUGCCUGAACAGCAAAGCAGAUUAAUUCAGGAAGAGAAACAAACCACAGAGGCCCGGGCAGAAGAGCUAGAGUCUCGUGUGGGUAGUGUAGAGCACAUGAUGCUGCGAGGACGAUCCAUAGAACGUCCUUCUCCUCCUAUUUCUGGUCGGUCGACUCCCAAGUCUCACCACUCGCCCUCUCGAGACUACCUACAAAAGUACCACACUGCCCCGGCUGGCAUGUCUCCUUCCCAUAUGUACCAGUACAUGAAUGAUCGACGGCUCUCGGGGGGAUCUCUGCCCGGCUCCCAGGGUAACUUAAGCAACAUGAAUCGAGUGGACGGACGCGAAGAUAGCCAGGUAUCACUGGGGAUGCGAGGCGAAGGUUCUCCACCAACUCCACGUUCACUGCGACUAGCACCAGGACCAGCGAUGGUACCACCCACCAGUCUGGUACCUGGCAGCAAUAACCUGGCAGGACUGGGCGUUGCACCACCCUCGCAGUUGGUCAACCUGGCAGCAUCCUCGGAAGAUCUGAGGAGGUACACUUAUGUGCCUGACAACUCACCUGCCUCUACUCUCACACCUGCUCUCCACCACCACCCCUACUCACCAGGAGGUGGAGGGGGCGAGUCGUCUCACUCUACACCUUCCCCCCUCUCUUCCCACCACAGUAGUCAAGACUCGCUGCACAAGAGUGUCAUCAAUCAACCCAAGAAAAAGGGAAUCAAGUCAUCUAUAGGACGUUUCUUCAGUAAAAAAGAUAAGCAAGGGAAGAUGAAGGAUGCGCUCCAGCAACACCCAGGCUCAGGCUUGAGUUCUUCAGGGAUCUACAGUGAUGGUGACAUUGGCUCCUCAGACUCCUUAUCCCUAGCUGGUUUAGGACAAAAAGCUGAUAUUGAUAGACGAACCAAAAAGAAUUUACCUGGUUAUAGACAUGAAUUAUUGGCUGAAGCUAUGAAAGCUGGAACUCCAUUUGCAUUAUGGAAUGGUCCCACAAUUGUUGCUUGGUUGGAACUCUGGGUGGGCAUGCCAGCCUGGUAUGUGGCAGCUUGUCGAGCAAACGUCAAGUCCGGAGCCAUCAUGUCUGCUCUGAGUGAUGCAGAGAUUCAGCGAGAGAUUGGUAUAUCUAAUCCACUACACCGCCUCAAGUUACGACUGGCCAUUCAGGAGAUGGUGUCAUUGACGUCUCCUUCGGCACCCAAGACUUCCCGCACUACCUUAGCCUUUGGUGACAUGAAUCACGAGUGGGUUGGUAAUGAGUGGCUUCCAGCUCUAGGUCUGCCCCAGUACCGCACUACCUUCAUGGAGUGUCUAGUUGAUGCCAGGAUGCUGGACCAUCUCACAAAAAAAGAUCUCAGAGGACAACUUAAAAUGGUCGACUCUUUUCAUAGAACAUCACUUCAGUUUGGUAUCACCGCGUUAAAGAAAGUCAACUAUGAUCGGGUGGCUCUGGAAGAUCGGAGACGAGCGUGUGAAGAAGAAAAUGCAGACGUGUUAGUAUGGACCAAUGAUCGAGUUAUAAAGUGGAUAACUGCUAUAGGUCUCAAAGAAUAUGCAAAUAAUCUGAUAGAGUCUGGGGUUCAUGGGGCACUGGUAGCCUUGGAUGAAAGCUUCGAUUAUAAUGCUCUAGCUCUGGCUCUACAAAUUCCUACACAAAAUACUCAGGCAAGACAGUUAUUAGAUCAGGAAUUUCGCAGUCUUCUUUCAACUGGAACAGAUCGAACAGAUAUCAAUAAAUCUUGAUAUGAGGCCCCCACAGCUAAGGAUGCUGAAGCUAGACUUGUUUAAUGAAUCCAAAGAAGUGGGGCAGGGUGACCAGUGAUAACAGAAUCAGUGGUUGUUGUUUGUGCCCCAGGAACUGGGCAACUAGUGAUAGCAGAACCAGUGGUGGUUAUUUGUGCCCCAGGAGCAGGGCAACCAGUGAUAGCAGAACCAGUGAUUUGUUUGUGCCCCAGGAGCAGGGCCACCAGUGAUGGCAGAACCAGCGGUGGUUGUUUGUGCCCCAGGAGCAGGGCAUCCAGUCAUAGCAGAACUAGUGGUGGUUGUUUGUGUCCCAGGUGCAGGGUGACCAAUGAUAGCAGAACCAGUGGUGGUUGAUUGUGCCCCAGGAGCAGGGCAUCCAGUCAUAGUAGAACCAGUGGUGGUUGUUUGUGCCCCAGGAGCAGGACAACCAGUGAUAGCAGAACCAGUGGUGGUUGUUUGUGCCCCAGGAGCAGGAUGACCAGUGGUUGUUAAUUGUGCCCCAGCCUCAUCUUUACCCAACCCUACAAUAGUAGUUAAUUCCCUCUACUGUUGACUCAUACAGCUGAUGUUGAUUGGCCUAAGGUGUGUAUACUAAGGACAGAUAAAUCCGGUGAUUUAUUAUUAUACACAAAAGCUGCAUGCUGUUGCUUGUUAUGAGGCUUGGGCACAGUAGUAGACUGCAAGUGUCCCAAGCUGAUCCCUGAUCUUUGGGCACAAUAUGUAGACUGCAAGUGUCCCGAGCUGAUCCCUGAUCCCCAGGCGUAGUAGUAGACUGCCAGUGUCCCGUGCUGGUCCCUGAUCCUCGGGCACAGUAGUAGACUGCAAGUGUCCCAAGCAGAUCCCUGAUCUUUGGGCACAGUAGUAAACUGCAAGUGUCCUGGGCUAUUCCCUGAUCCUCGGGUACAAUACUGGACAGCAAGUGUCCUGAGCUGGACUGAUCCUAGUGAGGAUCACUUAUCAUCUGCCUUGUCAUUUGUACUGACAAACAACUUCUCAGUUUGUGUAUGUUUCACUCACUACUGAUGUAAAAGCUGAUUUUAGUAAAAUAUGAAAAUGUUAGUGAAAUAACAAAAAACUGAGACAUGAAGGCAGUGUCAAAAGAAUCACCUUCUCGGAACCUCUAGUCGAUAGUGGCUAUAAAUUGAUGGACAGUGAUAUAGUUUGUCAUGAUCUGUUAUUGUGAUGCUUGAUGCUGGCUUUACUUAAGUGUUAAACAACUCGGCCUAGAAUGGUUGAAACUGCCUAGUAUAGUACAGGGCUGUGAGUCAGGAUAUAUUAUUAUUAUUACAUUCAGUGGGGAGUGCUAAACCCAUAGGGAUCAUACAGCUCCUAAGAUAUAUUAUACUGAACAGAGAUGUUUAUAUAUGUACAUUGAUUGCUGUGUUAUUUGAUGCUGAUUGGUACUGUAUGUCAUACGUUUGUGACAUACUGUACAGGUAUAGACAUCAACUAAACAAUAGAUACGAGCCUAGCUGGUUUAUUCAAAGAUCAAGUUGGAUUGCCUGGUGAUGUUUGGGAAAUGCACUACCAGAUAAUUUACUUAAAUAUAUACAGGAAUAAAUGUAUAGAAGUUUGAAUGAAGUGAUCAAGUGAAUGUUGGUGUGAAGUGUGUAAUGCAUGCAAGUGGAUAAAAGUGAGGCAUUAAUGGUGCAUGUAAGUGUCAGUGAGGAUAUUUUGUCUCCUAUACAAGGAAGUGAAUAUUAUUGGCUAGUCAUGUUGAGGCAUGUGAGUGAGGUUAUGUUGUCUGUGUGUAAUCUCUACCUGGUCCUGUAUAGGGGUGUCAUGUAUGUUGCAAAAUUUACAUAUUUUUGAUUUUUUAGGCUUUCCAGUAAUUUAAAAUAUAUCAUUUACAAGUUUUACACUAUGCAGAAUCAUUUGGUUGCUCAGUAUUGUGAAAUUAUCAGUGAAAUGCAGAAGUAAUACAAGGUUGUUCUGUGCAUACAGUACAACUGGAACUGCCAGAUCAGGUACAAGACUGUGUUUAUGAAUAUUUAGUAAUGUGUAGCUCAUUUGGAGUACCUCCAGUUCAUCACAAAAAUACAGUGUAUGUGUAUCUGGUGCAAUGUUUGUACGCACAUAUGAUUUAUAAUGUAACUGUCUGUAUGUUGCCAUCAUUGUUGAAUCACAGUGUCUUGAACUACAUUGACUUAAGUGUCAGGUACAGUGGAAACCUGCACAUGGAGGUGUAGAGCAGAGUCUCAGCUAGUUAAGAAUGUGCAUGGUGAAUACAAGACAAAAGCUAUCUUGUAUUAAUGUUGGUAGAAUUACCGACAAUGUGUUAGGUAAAAAGACACACGUGCAACUAAUGUGACACUUAAUUGUGGCAACGUUUCGCUAUCCAGGAGCUCGAUAAAGCUCCUGGAGAGCGAAACAUUGCCACAAUAUAAUGUCACAUUAGUUACAAUUGUGUCCUUUUACCCAACAAAAGCUAUCUUCCAUACUUUACAUGCCAAACUUGUCUUUGUAAUUAAUAUGUGUAAAAAGUCUCCUCAUCAAGAUCUUGGCAAACAGUGUCAAUUUGUUUUACUGUUAUGAUUGAUAACUGGUCAGUUGUGUAUUGGAUUUUAUGAAGUGUACUUGGUGUUAUUAGCAAGACAGAGUUGGCCAGUUAACUUAUGAAUGGGCUGUGUUGUCAUAGGGAGCAGAUAUGGUCUGUACAGUGCACUUUACAUUGAUGUUGAGUAUGACUGAUUGUUUCUGUGAAACUUGUGUAAGUAGUGUCCCAUUCUCAACGUAAUGUUCAGUGUAAUGCCAGAUGUACUCACCUCAUUGUUAUGUGUGAAGCUUCAUCUUUUACCUCAUCAUCUUGCCUGUAUUCAUUCGUGAUGCAACUUUAGUUGAAAUAUUUAUGUUGUGGUGCUGUAGUUCUGCUGUCCUCAACUCCCACAUUCCUUGAGUAAAGAAUACUUUUCUCUACAUCUAAUUUUGUGAUUCUCUCAUAUUCCUCUGAGUACUGCUUUUAUUGUAAACAUUAAACAAGAGGUGAGCAACUAUACUAUUGCUUGAUUCACUGGCUAGAGUCCUUUCAUAACAAGAGGUGAGCGACUACAUUGUUGCUCAACUCACUGGUUGGAGUCCUUAAAUAAUAAUAAUGUCACAAAAUGAGCUUAUUCCUCAAUUAAGGCCAACUGACUUGUGUAUAGUUGUUUUUUUUAAAGGUUUACAUUAUUUGAUAUUUCUUCUAUUUUAAUUCUUAUUAAGUGAGCAAAAAGCUCAAAAAUAUUCUAAUGCAGUCUAAUAUUAUCUAAAGUUAAAACAAAGAAAAUAACAAAGAUUUGCUUAUUCAACCAAAUAUUUGACAACUGUGUUUACUUACACAUUGAGUUAAGACAUAAGAUAAGACUUGCCUCUUCAUUCAUUCUUAACAUUCACAUGCACAGCACUUCUGGUGUAUAUGAACUCUGUCAUUCCUUUGGGAACAGUUUUUUUUAAUAUUUCUAUGUAUCAGGCUUAUUUGCAUAUUUUUUAUGGAACUUUUGUAUGGUAUCUUUUUUUUUUGGGGGGGGGGGGGGAGGUGUAACCAUUAUAUCAUUUGUGUUAUUUUACCCCACUAAUUUCUCACAUACCAAAACUGUAUCAUCACAUCAUUUUUUUUAUCCAUGGAUUCCCAUAUGAAACAAUCUUCUUAUAUCUUCACAUUAUAUGUUGCAUGACAUUACUUUUCUUAAUGUUAUGCUAAUACAUGAUGUCUUUCAUUAUGUACAAAGUCAUAUGGGCUUCUGCAUCAGUUACUUUGCUUCUUCCCAUUUAAGUUCAUUACACUUGUAGCUCAGAGGUGUCUCAAUGCUCAGUGAUAUAUUUCACUCACAACUAAGUCCUCUUCUUGUAGGAUUAACACAUGAAAGCUGUGGUGUUCACAGUAUGAUCCUUAAUGAUUGCUUCUUCCACAUACUGUACAUAAGUUUAAUUAUUACUUCCAAGCGAUCACCAUUCAGACUAACAUUACUGUACUAUUCUUCACAUUAACUCAAGAAAUGUACAGUAUAUAUAUUUUGACUUAAUAACUGUCUUGCAGCAUACUUUUAUCACUACUCCAUCAUCCAGCCAUCCUCAGUCCGUAACUCAGUCACACAAGCAAAAUUAUCUAUACACAGUAGUUGUGACAGAUUUAAGUGCCAUCAUAUUCAUUGCAUUUGCAUGUUGCAAUAGUCAUUUAAACCAUGAAUAUAUACACUUCUCUAACAUUACUGUGACUUUCAAAUAUAAUUCAUAUCACUUUUUGCACCAUGUGAACAAAAUGAUUCCAUAGAAAAGCUAGUAUCUGAAUUCAGUGGUUUAAGAUUCAUGCUUAGAAUUGUAGCAUUUUAUUAUUAUUAAUUUUUAUUAUACAAUAUUUUUACUCAUGAGGAAAUUCAGUCAGUAUGCAUUAUAAUUUCCUUAUAAUAAGGAAGCGUAUUUCACACACUUGCAGAUGUUGCAAGUGUAUGGAAUAGCUGGUAGGUUACUGAAAGCUGUUAAAGAAUUUUUAUGAGGAUAGUGAGACUCAGGUUAGGGUAUGUAGGAGAGAGGGAGAUUAUUUUCCAGUAAAAGUAGACCUUAGAUAGGGAUACAUGAUGUCACCAUGGUUCUUUAAUAUAUUUAUAGAUGAGGAUGUAAGAGAAGUGAAUGCUUGGGUGUUAGGGAAAGGUGUGGAAUUAAAAGACAAAGAAUUUAACACAAAGUGGGAGCUGUCACAGUUACUUUUUGCUAAUGACCCUGUACUUUUGGGAGAUUCUGAAGAGAAGUUCAUUAGGUUGGUGGCCAAAUUUGGGAGGGUAUGUAAAAGGAGGAAAUUAAAAGCAAACAUAGGAAAGAGCAAGGUGAUGAGGCUAACAAAAAACUUAGACAAUGAAAGAUUGGAUAUCAGAUUGGAGGGAGGGAGUAUGGAGGAAGUGAAUGUAUUCAGAUAUUUGGAAGUGGACUUAUUGGCAGAUCGGUCUAUGAAAGACGAGGUGAACAGUAGAAUUGAUGAGGGGGAAAAAAAAAAGCAAGUGGUGCACUGAGCAACCUGCGGAGACAAAGAACAUUAUCCAUGGAGACAAAAAGGGAAACAUAUGAGAGUAUAAUGGUACCAACGUUCUUAUGUAGGUGUGAAGCAUGGGUUGUGAAGAUGGCAGCAAGGAGAGGCUGAAGGCAGUGGAGAUGUUGUGUUUGAGGGCAACAUGUGUGUGAAUAUUAUGCAGAGAAUUAACAGCUUGAAGAUGAGGAAAUGUGGGAUUACUAAAAGUAUUAUCCAGAGGACUGAAGAUUGAUUGUUGAGGUGGUUUGGAUAUUUAGAGAUGCUAGUACAAAAUAGGUUGACUUGGAGGGAAGGCAGGGUAGGGGUUGUUCUAGGAAGGGUUGGAAGGGGGUAAAGGAAGUUUUGUGUGAGAGGGGCUUAGACAUCCAGUAUGAGAGAUUGUUAGAUAGGAGUAGAGGCAAGUGGUUUUUAUGAUGAUGUGCUAUUGGAGUGUGAGCAAAGUAACAUUUAUGAAGGGAUUCAGAGAAACCAGCUAGCUGGAUCUGAGUCCUCAAAGUGGGAAGUACACUCUGAAGGAGGGCCAGUGGGGAUAUUUGCAGUUUUGAACUGUAGUAUUGGUGUGUCUCUGGCAAGACAGUGAUGGUGAAAGUGGGAGACAGCCGGUGUACUAAAAAAAAAGCAACAACAACUGUUUGUGGAUAUUUCUUGCACAACGUUUUUGCUUAUAAAUUUCUUAAAGUGCUACCUUGCUUUUAUUCUUAGUCAGAACUCUUAUUCACAUCUGUUAUUUUGUUAAUCAGUUUUACCAUGUCCAUCACUACAACCUUACAAUACUUCUGUUAUCACAGGAGAAGGAGGAAGAGGAAAUUGUUUUUAGUUAUCCUCUACUUGUACAGCUUCCUCCGAUUCUUCAAAACCUACCAUCGUCUUCUCCAUUAUUGUCAUGUUUCAUCAAUUCCCUCUCAUCUGGUUACACAAGUAAAUAAUUUAUUGCCUCUUUACAAUUAUAAAAUAGUAUAUAAGUUACACUAUUGUUUUUUUUAUAAACAUUGUCUGAAUUUAUCAAUGUUGAACACAUAAUGAUUAAUUUUUUAAAAAUGUCCAGAACCUACCCAAGUUCAAACUGUGAUAUGCUCUCUCUUUUUUUUUCCUUUCUUGAAGUACUAAUUUUUUAUUAUCAAGGUUUCAGAAAUGCUUGGCAUGAAGUAAUCUUCCUCAGAUAUUAACCCUUUGACUGUCGCAGGCCCCUUUCUGAAACUGUCAUUCUAUGUCACAAAAUAUUCGGAAAAAAAAAAAAUUCUUAUGAAAAUAUUAAGAUUAUUUUUCUGAGUGUUUUAGUCGAAAUUUUUUUUUUUUGCCAUCAGUACUUACCAAGAUAUAAGAGGCGUGAAGUUUGCAGAAAAUGAGCCAUGUAUGGCAACAGCGGCGACUGCCGCUCACCUGGUAAACUUUGGUUUACUUGUAAUUGAAGGUUUGUUCUUUUUUUCACUAUUUUAUUUUUUCACAUAACUUAUGUGGCCUGUGAGACCAAAGUAAGGUGCAAUGUACAUAUAUAUACUCGUUGUAUACAUCACAAUAAGCACACAAACAUAAUUAUCAAUAUAUUGUUUACAAAACUUGUUUACAAAAACAAUACAAAAUUUUUUUAUUACUAUUGUUCUAUAAUAUAUAUACCAAUGUACAGUCACCGAACAUAUUCCUAGAAGCUCUGCAGCUUGUGGAACUCUUUGAAACAUGUUUUCAUACACAAUGGUGUUUUACACUUCCCCACACAUAAAACCAGUGUGUGUGCAUUUUUGUGGACCUUUGUUUUAUGUGCAAAGACAAAACACCUUGUCUGAGCAGUUUUCUUCGAAGUAUUAGCAGGCAGUUGUGUUAGGUAGUUAUCCUAGGUAAAUGGUCGUGUGUCAUCAUUCCUUCCUUCCAGCAUUCGUUUCCUACCUUCCUUCCUACUUUCCUGCAUUCCUUUCCUACCUUCCUUCGUCUUUCCUUACUUUCAUCUCGUCCUUCCUUCAUUCCUGCCUUCCAUUCUUCCUUCUGGUUACUAUAAUAUAUAUGCACAUAUAUAGUCACUAGAUACUUUCAUAUAACUGCUAUUAUCUUCAUUCAGCAAGCUUGUCUUGUGUGCAAGUGUGGGGCUUAUAAUUGUUUUGAGUCAGGAGUCGGCAGCUGUCAAAAUGACAUAUUAUCUCAUUACUCACUCCCCCUACCACCUGUCAAAACAGUGGGGUCAGAUGCUGCUUCCCCUAAAUUCUAUCUAAUUAUCUUUCUCCCUCAUUCUAUCUCUUUCAAUCUGUCUCUCUCUAUCUGUUUGUCUAUCUCUGUCUCACAGGUACACAUAAUUUCAAGUAUACAUAUUGUAAAUUACCUAGGAUAACCCAAAAAAUCCAGACAAAGUGCCAAACUCAGCUUGAAGAUGUGAGUAAACGUGAUGAUGACACAGUCUUGUGGCUCUCUCUGAGACAGAGAGCUAGAGGGAUAGACAGGGAGCUUGGCAGACAAAUAGACAGACAGAAAUGUUUGUGUACCAGCAAAAACAAAGGGAGGGCAAUGGUCAUCUAAUCUUUUCUUAUCAGCUGCACCCUCCCCCACCCUCGUUUACGCUCAUCAAACGUCAGCUCUUAUCAGAUGUUAUCUCCCCUUAUUUUGUCACUGUCAUAGGGUGGACUUUUUUUUUUUCUUGCUUCAAGGGAACAAUAUUAUUACAUCUUCCUCUUCUUCCUCCUCCUCUUCCUCUUCUCCUCUUCCUCCUCUCCUCCUCCUCCUUCUCUUCCUCCUCCUCUUCCUCUUCCUCCUCCUCCUCUUCCUCCCCUUCUCCUCCUCUUCCUCCCCUCCUCCUCUUCUUCCUCUUCUUCCUCCUCCUCCUCCAUUGCUUUUGGUCUCAAACUCCUCGAAAUCAUGAAAUUGAUCUUCACUGACACUUCCAUCUGUGUUAGAGCAUCACUUGGGAAGAGAAGAGUCCCAGAUAUACUGGGGAGAAAUUAUGCUGAAAAAGGACAACUGAAAUUUCAUUCCCACAAUGCACCACUGGCUCCCCGAUUUUUUUUAUAUGGUGCACACUGACCGUGGAGACUCAUUCUCUCACAUGUGGGCCUACCAGCUUUCUCCUGCUUGAUUUGAAGCCGCUAGAAUUUAUGCGUAUACAUACGUCAGAAACAGUGGUGUGUAAGACGUAUAUAUAUGGCGUAAACAGUCAAAGGGUUAAUUAUUAUGCUAAGGCGGCAUAUUCAUUUCCUUUUGCAUCAAUAUUUCUGUAAAUUUACAUUUUGUCCCUGGCAGUGUAGUGAGUGUAGCAGUUAAUACCUUGCUGAGUGACCCCAGUAUAUUAACCUCACCACAAAGUUAUACUGUUGCUUUCUUUCCCUGUAAUCAUUAUUUACUCUUAGUUAAUUAUGGUAUUCUUUGUUACAUGAAUGCCUCCCAAUGUUUCAUGUAUGUAUGUUCUUUGUUGCAUGAACACUGCCCAGUGUUUCAUGUAUACAUGUUCUCUGUCUCAUAAACACCUCCCAGUGUUCCAUAACUGUUAAAUGCAUUACUACUUACCAUGACCUUAUUAACAACUACUCUUCUACUUUUAUUUUAUUUUUCUCUGCCCUUUGAUGUUUUUAUAAGACUUUUGCAAUGUCUUAGGUGUUACUGUCUAUCAGUUCUUUAAGGUACAGCUUCAGUCUUGAGAACUCAUUAACAUUUUACUUUCCUUGUCUAAGCCUCUGUUUCUUUCCUAAAUAUCUUGACCUCUUUCAUAUUUUAAUACAUUCACUUUGAGAGGUUCACAUUUUUUUUAUGUUAUCUAAAAAUUAUUGAAAAACCUGUUUCAUUCACGUAAAGGAUAGUGCUGCAUACCUACCUCUUCAAUCACUUAUUUAAAAAGAGCAUAAGAUAAUAAGAAGUCAUCAGACAAGGCACUGAACUAUGAGUGUAAGUCAAAGGAACAGUGUGUUGAUCAGUGAAGCAAAUUCAUUUUUGAAUGCUUGAAAACAAACACUAAACUGUCAUAUUUCAGUCUCGUGCAAGGUGCAUUACACUGUGUCUGCAUUUAAUUCUACUGUUGCUUUGUCUUGGCCUCAUAUUUACCUUCAUGGCUAACAAUGUCAUUUUGCUGUCAGUAUUUCUGUGGUGUUUCACAUCAAGAUGGUUAUUAGCACACUCAAAAGUUUCAAUAGCUGUAUCCAUACAUAGUGCAGUGCCAGGAAACAUUUUUCAUUUAUAAUAUUUCAAAAAAUUACAUCCAUCCAUCAUGAUCAUCUGCAAUGUUAAAUGGAAAUUCACUCAUUGUUUUGCUAGCCAGAUUUGUAGUUCAUGUAUUUUUGAUUAGCAGUGCACUUUUUAGGUUGUCAGAUCCCAUGCAUGGCAAGGUUUAGUAGUAAGAAAUGGACGAAUUCUAACCUUACUAGUAGACUGCAGAUGUGAAAGUGUAUUUAUAAUUGUAGAUAAAACCAAUAAAAAAUGUUGCUCCUAUACAUUUUAAAAAAGAAAACGGUUAAAAUGCAAAAAGAAAAUUGGUAAUGGGAUAUUUUUAACAAUGUAUUUUGGAAUGAAAUAUGAGUUUUAAAAAGAAUGAGAGUGUCAGUGUUUGUAAACUUGCAUAAGAUCUAAAAUGUUCUACAAAUCAUCUUGAAAUAUUAAAAUUAUAAUGUAACCAUAGGUUUAAAAUUUUAGAAAACAUGAGGUAACAAGUAUGGAAUUAAUGUUUUGAUGACAUUAUCACAUGAUGAUGUUUCACACGAGGUAACAACUGCUCCAUUUAUUACUCUAUCAUAAUGUUGAACUACCUCUCACUCAUUCACUCGCUCAUUGACACGCAUUCACUCUCACACUCACACUCUCACACACACACACACACACACCAAAAAAAAACAUACAGAAUACUGAGGAAUUGACAAGUCGAACAGGGACAGAAUGUUUCAGAGAUGGAAAAUAGGAACAAGAGGGCACAACUGGAAGUUAAAAACUCAGAUGAAUCAUAGGGAUAUUAGGAAGUAUUUUUCAGAAUUAGACUUGUCAGCAAGUGGAACAGUCUGCAGAGUGAAGUGGCAGAGGCAGGAUUCAUACACAGCUUUAAGAAGAGGCAUGAAAAGGCUCUUGAAGCCAGGAGGGAGUGGACCUAGUAGCAGCCAGUGAAGGGGCAGGGCCAGCAGCUGUGACUUGACCCCUGCAACCACAUAUAGGCGAAUAUGUGUGCACAUGCACACACAAGCACGCACGCGCGCACACACACAUUCAGGAGCUAUGACUCAACCCCUGCAACCACAAUUAGGUAAGUACACACACACACACACACACCACACACACACACACAGCAGUUACAGCUAGCAGCAGUGUUCCCUGCAUUUAGUGUUUUUGGGCUGGCCCUAGGAGUUUGUCAGUGGUCAUUGUAUGCAAUAGUGUUAGCGAACAAUACCAGAAGUGUAUAACAAGCUUCCAAAGUCAAAAAAGUGAGAUAAGGUCCAAAAUUUCCUGAGAAAAUUUGCAAGUGCAGGUUCAACUAGAAGCCUAAGAGAGGCACCCUGGUCUAAUGCCUCAGGCGUCAAGUGUUGGCAGAAGUGUGUUAUGCAGUUAGUGUCAAUAAGACAAGGUUUGUGAUCACAAGGAAAUAAGGGUAAAUAUCUGGAUAAUGAUGGUCUUAGUACAGUGAUAAGAUUGGCUUCUGAGUGAUGAAGAGGAGUAAAUAAUAAAAUAUAUAGACGCAUACUGUAUGACACCAGGAGAGUAGACCACAAGAUAUCAGUGUGGACCUGCACUGCACCAACAGCCAGAUGUACAGUACUCAUCUGUAUGUAGUGUCUUGCCUUUAGAUGGAUGUGAAAAGAUCACUCUCUUUAUACCUUUGAGUACCAGGGAAAUAAGUAGGAAAAACUCUGAUGGAAAGUAAUUAUUGCCUUAUUAGGACAAAUUCUUAAUAACACAGAUGUAGGUGUAUGUAUCUACAGGUGUUUGAAAAGAUCUCCAUGCAAACCAGUAUGUAAUACAAUAGCUAGCAUUGUUAGAAUACAAUAGGUAGCAACAGGAAAGACACUCACUUAGCCUCUACAGAGAAGUGGGGAAACUUCGAGGUACGAGGGGCAGCCUUGGAUCACCUAACAAACACACAUAUAUAUAGUACGUAUAUACAUGCAAAUACACUUAUAUGCACAGACACAUACACAGGCCAAGUGUCUAUUAACACAUACCUUUGGGAACUAGUAACAACACACAUGCCCUUGCACAUGCAUACACACCCUCAUGUGCAUACAUGUGUGCAUGAACACAUGUACAUACAAACACAUUCAUGCACAAACACACACACCUAUGCAGACAUGUUUGCACAACAUACAAGCAUACAUACAGCUCAGCAGACCUGUACAGUGCUGGCUAUACAAAGGCAAAGGCAGCGACUGAAUAUUUGACCAACAGUAAACUGCAAUCUAAGGAAGUUACUGUACUCAAUUAGGAAAUCUGUCGAGUGCAGAAAUGGAAACCCAAAAGACAACUAGAAGAAGGCGAGUUGAUGAGGGAGGAUCAGGGUAUGUGUGGACUGGGAGGUAAUUGAUGGUAGUAGGGAUUAGGUGCAAGAUAGAACAAGAAAGGGGAAAAAAGUUCAGUAAUUUUUGCAGAACAUUGGAAAAGGUACAAAAGGUUUCUGCUGAGAACAUGGAAUGGGAGAGAAGAGCUGCAGCUGCUAAUGCAAAGGUACAAAGCCUGAAAGAGAAUCUGAAGGAACUGAGGAGGGAACUGGGUGGAGAUGAAGGAAAGGGGUAAUGAGAUGGGAGCAGGAAUAGUAACAAUAGGUUAGUGGACAAGAAAGUGAAGAGGAGGCAAACAGACCUUUGCAGAAAUACUCUCGGGUAACCUGGAAGUGCAGGAGAUAAGAGGAAACAGCAAAGGAAUUGCUCAAAAGAAAAUCUGAAGGGAAAGGAAGUGGGAAGAGGAGAGAUUACUGAUUACCCAUGGGGUUCACAAGGCUGAAUAGAGGACUAAUGAGGAAAUAUGGCAGGCAGAAGAAAAGGAGAUUCAGCUUCCCAACAGACUUACAUAUCAGAAAGCUGAAGUGACUUAGGUGACAAAUUUUCAGACUUGGAGUGCACUCAAGGGAAAAAAUAAGUCCAUUCAAAAUAACCUUCUUGACAAAUCAUCCGUUUUAUGUGUUUACAGUUGCGUUAUUACGAUUCUGUGAGCUGUUAUGACAGAAAUGGCAUGAGACAGGAUCAUGCAAUGGAAACUGCAGUUAAGGCAGACAGAAAUGUACCACCAGUUGUUCCUCAACUGGGACAGAACAAGAGAGUACAAAGACACCAGAGGCAAGAAGGAGAGAUGGAACAUUUAUUGACUGGUGUGGAAGCUCAGUCUCUGGAGGAAUGCCAGGUGAACCCCCCACACAGACCCCCCUCCCCACCCUCUCUUCAAGCUUUAGCUCCCUCUUACACCCAAACACAAUAACCCAAAAUAAGCCAUAUUUCACACCCCUUCCUCACAAUUGCCCCUCACCAAAACCCUGACUCUAUGUUCCCCUACACCCCAACCUUCUUAUUUACAGUCAAGAUAUUGACCCCUUCCAGUUAAAAAAAAAAAAAACCAUACCCCACCCAUACUACUGCCCACACCAACUCCCACGUCCAUUACGUAUGUUCAGGAACCAGUUUGAGAACUUGCUAACUGAAACACAGUAAUGAAAAAAAGCUGAAAGCAUGGGACAUAUGUGAUUUUCCUGGCUAGAUAUCAGAUUAUGAGGUAAUGCCAAGGGAACGGAGGUGUACUAGUAGCAAUGCUUAAUAGAAACCCGUGGAGUUUUGAGAUGAGAGAAAUAGAGGGAAGGAAGAUGAAUAUAUAGCAGGCACACUGAAGACCAAGGGUCCCAAGGUGUUUUGUACAACCCUUCAGUAAACAGCAAGGAACCAAGACAAGAAUAUGAUGAAAACAACAGAACGUAGUGGAUACAUAAACUGGGGUGGUUCGAAGAGCCCACAUGAGCAGAGCAAAGCUGCCUGGUCAUGGGUGACUUUAACCACAAUAGAAUACUGAGAAUCUAGAGCCACACGGGGGACCAGAAAAAUGGAGGGCUAGGAUGCUGGAGGUGGUAAUGGAGAGCCUCAUGCACCAACAUGUUAGGGACACAACUAGAGAGAGGAGAGGAUGAACCAGUAAGGCUUUACCUUAUAUUCACCCUGAGCAAUUCUGACAUAAAGGAUAUUACACAUGAUAGGUCAGUGCUAGUGACCCCAUGGCCCUGAGUUUCGAAUACCUUGUGAAAAUAAACUUGGAGAGAGAAGCAGCAAGGGAAAUAUGUGAGAAGCCAAACUUCAGAAGAAAUUAUACAGGCAUGUGGUAAUUCCUGAAUAUGAUGCAGUGGGAAAGGGAAUUAGAAGGGAAAACAGUGAAUGAGAUGAUAAAGUAUGUGGAUGGAAAGUGCUGGGAGGCAGAGGAGAAAUUCACACUCAAGAGCAAAAAAAGCAAUGGGAAGGAUGAAGUGGGUUCAUGGUUCACCUGUGGGUCCAGAAAAAAUAUAGAAGGCAAAGAACUCAGGAAACAAGAAAUUGAGCAGAAGAGCCAAAAAUGAAUAUGCAUGGGGAAGAAAGGCUCGAUGGCAAUUUGAGAAUCAUAUGGCACUGAAUGCCAAAUCUGACUCAGAGGUUGUUACAUAGGUACAUCAAAAGGAAGAUAAGAGUAAAGGACCAGGUAAUCAGGCUGAAGAAAGAAGGAGAGCUCUCAAGGAAUGACUAGGGAGUCUGUGAGGAGCUUAGCAAGAAGUUUACAGAAGUAUUCUCAGUAAGGCUACCAUCAAACCAAAGCAUUAGUGUGCCAGCACAAUACAUACAACAGGAAAAGAGGUGAAAAAACUCUUACCUUUGAUAUACCUUUUAUGAGUUCCAAGAGUUUUUCCUACUUGUAGAGCCCAACCUUGAGCCAGGCUCAUCUUGUGAGCUAGAUACCUUGAAGACAGUGGAACCAGAUACUAUAUAUUCAUGGGUCCCGCGAGAGGGAGCAAAGGUAGUGUAUGUGUAUAACUAAGAACAAUCUUCAGCAAGUCAGUCAGUACACAGCAACUGCCAGUGGUAUGGAGGACAACAAAUGUAGUCCUAGUUUUUAACCCAUAAACGGUCCAAAUGCAUAUAUACAUUUUUUCAACAUUUGAAAGUAUGUAUGUAAAAAAAGUUGAUUUUUUUUUUUUUACAAUUGAAAACAUGUAAAAAAAACUUUGAUCUACAUUUUUUUUUUGUAGUUGAAAAUAUGUAAAAAAAACAAACGUAGAUCUACUUUUGGAGCACAAUGCAUAUGAACGUAGAUCUGCUUGGACCGUUAAGAAGAGACAGACAGGUAGCAUUAGAAACACUACAUUAGAAAUCAGUGUCACUGGCAUGCAUAUUAUGUAAGGUUAUGACGAUGAUUAUCAGGAGAUGAGUGAUGAAGCACCUAGAAAGGAGUGGGUUCAUGAUAACCAGAACUGCUGUAGAGAUGGUAAAUCCUGUCUCACAAACCUACUGGAGUUCUACAAAGUAACAGAAGGUAUUUUCUUGGACUGUAGGAAGGUUUUUGGCACAAUGCCACACAAGAGACUGGGACAAAAGCUAGAGCAGGCAUGAAUAACAGGGAAGGCACUACAAUGAAUACCUGACAAAAAGAAAAUAACAUGUGAUUGUCCGAGAUGUCAGAAUGGGUGCACAUGACCUGUGGGGCUUCCACAAGGAUCAGUACUGUAAUAUAUGUACUUGAAUGACAUGAUGGAAGGGAUGUGAAAGUGAGAAUACAAGCAGAUGAGAACCAGGAAGGAACUACAGAUAUAUGGACAGGUUACAGGUCUGGUCUGAAAAGUGGCUACUGGAAUUUAACCCCAGGAAGUGCAAAGUUAUGAAUAUUGUUGAAGAGCAAAGAAGACUGCAGACUGAGUACAGAUUUGGGGAGCAAAGGUUGUAGAUCUUGAGAAGGACCUUGGGGUGAGUAUUAUACCAAGCAUAUCACCUGAAGUGCACAUCAACCAAAUAACUUCUGCAGCAAAUGUGCAUUUGGCAAACCUAAGACUAGCUUUCAGAAACCUAAGUAAGGAGUCAUAACACAAUACAGUGUAAAUCAGGCCUAUAUUGGAGUAUGCAGCACCAGUAUGAGAUCCACAUCUGGUCAAGCAAGUCAAGAAAUUGGAGAAAGUGGAGAAGCCUGUAAUAAGAUAAGUCCCAGAGCUAAAGGGUAUCUCCUAUGACAAGGUUAAGGGAACAACCUGAUGACACAAGAGAAAAGGACUAGCAGAGUCAGGGAUGUAAGGAAGUAUUUCUUCAGUCUUAGAGAAGCCAGGAAGUGCAACAAUAUGGAGCAUGGAAUGGCAGAAGCAGGAUCUAUGCAUAGCUUUAGGAAGAGAUAAUGACAUACGAAGAGGCGGAAACAGGAGCUGACACCCGAACCCUGCAACCACAUACGUAUAGGCGAAUACACACGUGUGUGCAUGCACACACGUGCACACACAAUAAAGCUCUUAGAGCAGGAAGAGAGUGAACCUAAUAGCGACCAGCAAAGAGGCAGGGCCAGGAGCUGUGACUCAACCUCUGCAACUACAAAUAGAUGAGUCCACAACACAGAAAUAAAAGGCAAAUUUUUAAAAUGGAAUUCAAGGGGAGUCGGUAAAUGCUUAAACUACCAGAGACUUAAACAAAAUUACAGAUUAAACACUGGAACACCACAAGCCUUGCUCAGUUCCAGAAAUAAGUAAUCCCACAUACUGGAAAAAUGUAUACUAAACCAGGCAGCUUUCCUAAGAAACACAUUAUGUAGGAGGGAGAGAGCUGGAUAAAUGUCUGCUGGUAUACUAAUACUGAGGGAACACUACAAGCUACAGAAAAUAAAAUCCAAAAUAUGAGUUGUCAAAAUCUUGGUGACAGAACUUCUAAAUCCAAUUAGGACAUCAUAAUAGUAUAUACACUGACAAGAGAAUACAGUAUCACCUGAACACUACAUAAGUGUAAUAUUGAAACAUUCAAGUGGUAUAGUAACGACUUCAAAAUUUCCCACGCAACAGUACCGUGCAAGCCUGGCUAUUGUAUAUUUGUUAAUCCCAGCAGCAGUACCAGCUUUCCUGAAUAGUGUUUGUUACUAACACAUACGGCUAAGUGGGACAAGUGUUUUGUAAGCAAAAUUAAUACUUAAUAUUUGCUUACAACAGAAAAAUUACAACAAAUAAACUGUUAAUAAAUGUCAAGUGUCUAAUGAAGGCGAUAUGCUAAAGAAAUUUUUCACAAGCCUGUGUUAAAUUAGUGUGUAUAGCUGUAGUAUGAUGUUUGCACCAAAACAAGUGUACCAUAGAGAAAACAGAGAAAAACAAACAUUAUAAUACAAGUCCAAGCUAAAAAUAUGACAAAAAAAAAAAGGCUGAAAAAUAUUUUCGUUGGUAGAGAGGAAAGGGAAGAUAUGAUAACACC